ACGAUAUACAGAGAAGAAAUACCUUCAAAGAUACUCUACAUCUUUAGAAUCUUCAAAAGUGAAAAUCUUUGAAUCAUCAAAAAUGAGUCAACAAACCGUUGUGAUUCCUUGCCCACCACCAAAAAAGCAAGUUCUCUGCCCUAAACCAGCUCCUUGCCCAGAACCACCAAAACAAGAAGUACGUUGUCCAGAACCACCAAAGCAGGAAGUACGUUGUCCAGAACCUCCUAAACAACAAGUCUGCUGUCCUGAACCACCAAAACAAGAAGUACGCUGUCCAGAACCACCAAAGCAGGAAGUACGCUGUCCAGAACCACCAAAGCAGGAAGUACGUUGUCCAGAACCUCCUAAACAACAAGUCUGCUGUCCUGAACCACCAAAACAAGAAGUACGCUGUCCAGAACCACCAAAACAAGAAGUACGUUGUCCAGAACCACCAAAGCAGGAAGUACGUUGUCCAGAACCUCCUAAACAACAAGUCUGCUGUCCUGAACCACCAAAACAAGAAGUACGCUGUCCAGAACCACCAAAGCAGGAAGUACGUUGUCCAGAACCACCAAAACAGGAAGUACGUUGUCCAGAACCACCAAAGCAGGAAGUACGUUGUCCAGAACCACCAAAGCAGGAAGUACGUUGUCCAGAACCACCAAAGCAGGAAGUACGUUGUCCAGAACCUCCAAAGCAGGAAGUACGUUGUCCAGAACCACCAAAACAGGAAGUAUGCUGCUCAAAACCACAAAAGAAAAUCUUCUAAUUAGAAUCACCAAUAGGAGCACAAUAAACAAGCACUCAAUCACUGCAAACAUGAUGGAGUUUGCUUGUUUGCAGCUGUGAAACUGUAAUUUGCAAUCAUAAAAAUAGAGAAAAAAAGCGUAACAAUGGGAAAAUUUUCCAUAUAAAUAAUAAACCGAAAAUUGUUAUCAAAAUUAUAAAAUAAUUUCAAUCUACAUUAAAAUUUAUAUAUAUUGUAUGUAUAUUAUGAAUUGUAAUAUAGCAACUGA